AAUGAAAUAAUCAUAAAAGGGAAUUCUAAAGAAGGAUACACAACAUGAUAUAGAUAUGUAUUGAAAUGAAUUUUAUUGUAGGAAGAAAGAAUUGCAUUGGGAUGAAUAUACAAUAUAGUAAAGAAUAUUCUAAUUUUAUUAGAUAACAAGAUUUAGAAAGAGGAAAUAAAACUAAAAUUGAUGAACCUAAAACACCUUAUGAAGAUGAAAUUAUACAAUAAAAUCAACAGGAAGAUAAAAUUGAAGUUGAAGAUGAAAUAGAACAAGAUUUAAUAUAAGCACAAUUAAAUAAACAAAAAUUGCAACAAGUAAAAUCAAAUCGAUUAAAUGUAGUAACAUUAAUAGAAACUAGAUAUUGAAGAACUAAAUAAAAGAUUAAAAGAGGAUUUAGAAAGAGAAAGAAAAAAUAUGGAUGAUGAUUCUGCAGAAGAAGAAGAAAAAAGAAAAAAACAUGAAGAAUUUGUUAAAAAAAGAAAAUAACACUAUAAUGAGAAGAUUCUAAUUAAAGAAGCAAUGCAUAAAAAAUAGUUUGAAGACUAAUGA